GUCUAUAACGAUGACAAAGAAAGCGGCGAAUCGAAAGCCCCAACCCGCGAUACCCAUCUCAGUUCGCGACGAGGACGUUGAACACCAAUUUGAAGAUGAGGAUAGUGAAGCUCGCCAUAGUCGCCGCUUGGCCAAGCGUCAAAAUGCUGGAUGGAGACCCGGGGUUAGGGAAUGGCUGGUUCUCAUCUGCGUGUCGAUUGUGGUUAUGAUGGAUGCGUUUGAUGCGACGGUGGUGAUUCCUCUGGUACCUUAUCUUUCCCACGCCUUCGCAAGACCACUCGAGAACAUCCUAUGGCUGCCCACGGGUUACCUUCUCGCCAACGCAGGAGGACAGAUGAUCUUCGCCAUGCUAUCCGAGAUCUUCAACAAUGGAUCUCUCAUGAUAGUCGCACUUCUCUUCGCCACGGCCGGAACAGGCGUCUGCGGCGGCGCCAUGGGCUUUCCCGAUCUGCUCGCCGGUCGAACAGUGCAGGGUAUUGGCGGCGGCGGUGUAAUGGCGAUUUCGCUCUUGGUCGUGAUGGAUACCAUGCCGGGUUCGCAUUGGGCUCGGUACAUAGGAUGGCUGUCUACCGUUCGUGUUGUUGGUGCUAUACUAGGUCCGCUCCUCGGUGGGCUAUUUGUCGACUAUGUCCGGUUCAACUGGGCGUUUUAUUUCAACUUUGCGUUCUGUGCUUUGGGCCUGCUGAUCUGCCCUUUUGCCGUGGACUUGGGCUCGAAGAAAGGCGCUCGUCUUUCCAAGUUUAAAAAGAUGGAUUGGCCUGGCUGUGUCCUGGCUCUCACAGGGGUUGGAUUUUUCCUUGCUGGGAUGUGUUGGGGUGGUACGGAGUAUUACUGGAAGGACUGGGAGACGGUGAUGCCAAUCACGGUUGGAGGAGGGAUGAUCAUUGCUCUUGUCUUCUGGGAAACGUUAUGGGCAACACGACCGUUGUUCACAUUGAGAGCGCUGGGUCUGCAAGAUCCACGUUCAACAGCGAUAGCCUAUAUAAGUAGUUUCCUUCAUGGUUUUCUGAUAUUUUGCCAAUUGCAAUACUUCGUCCUAUACAUGACAUCCGUGAAAUACUUUUCUCGGUCUCUAGCAGGAAUCGUCUCCGUCGUCCUCACAGGGCAAACUCUUAUAACCAUUGUUCUGGUAUGCCAGGCCGGAAUACUCAGGAAGCUCCAAUCACACUGGACAAUCCGGAUUGGAUGGGCAAUAACCCUCACCAGCACGGGAUGCUUCAUCAUUCUGCACAAGCGCACACCAAUGCCCGGCGUGAUAUUCAUGUUCUUCGCAGCAGGAACCGGCCAUGGAUUUCUGAUCUCAGGGUAUAACGCUUUCUUCACAGAAAAGGGGCUUCAAAGACAGCAAGAAGAAAACCGGGAGUCCGAUGUAUCCACCACUUCUUUGCCGAUCUUGAUGUAUCCGCUUCUUAGAACAUGGGGCAUGUGCGUUGCCGUGCCUGUCAUUGGAACCAUCUUGUUGGGCCAAUUGAUACGGCAGAUGAAGAAAAAUGGACUUGAUACCUCAAACGAGUUUUAUAUUCGUUUGAACGAGAUCCUGUUGUCCGAAGGAGGAAGAGAUGAAUUGGAGAUCCUGGAUGGAGUUGGGUUUCGGCUGGUUUGGGAGGUCGUUACAGCACUCGCCGGUGUGGGAGGGGUUCUUUCUGUGUUCAUCAAAGAGUCUGCUUAGGAGAAAAAAAAAAU